AUGACAUCCAUAGCAGCAAACGCAUUACACGGUCUCAACAGUCUUUCUCUUACUCAAAUUGACCAAUUUACUGCUCCUUCAUCUGCUCCAGCUGAAAUCACGUCAUUUACCACUGAAGUGUUGUCUGCUGCGGUAUGCAUCAACCAACUGAUUUCUCUUCUCGACCAGUAUGAUGGUUUCAUAGUGGCUUGUUUUUCUGAUCAUCCACUUGUUGAAAUGUUACGAGAACAUACUGACAAGCCAGUGGUUGGAAUUAUGCAAGCUAGUCUGAUUCACGCAACACUUCUAGGAAAUCGAUUCGGGAUUGUUACAACAAAUAAAGAAUGGGAAUUUUUGUUGAAUAAAAGUAUUCACAACAUGGCACUGGAUCAUCGAUGCGGAGGAAUCAAAGCGACUAACAUUUCACCUGUUGGUUUAGAACUUGCUGGAAAAGAUGUUAUCAAUGUGGCGAUGAGUGAAGCAGCCGGUGAGCUUGUGAAGAACAACGGAUGUGACAUCAUCAUAUUGGGAUGUGCAGGAAUGAGUGGAUUGAAGGAAACGAUGCAACAGGCUUGUCUUACUAUGGGAUUGAAAGCUUCGAUUAUUGAUCCAGUCGUUGCUGGAUAUGAAGUUCUAUCAGGAUUGAUAGGUGCGCAAAAAGCCUAA